UCCUCAACAAUAAACGGAGUCGCCAUUUUGGAUUUCCAAGAAGACCAUGUGCGCGCAGUCGAAAGUUAUGAGGUGAUUUGCAUAUAUGACGAGGAUAGACAUUCAACCAUAAAUAGUGAGUGUGCAUACCUACAUUGACAGCCGUGUCCCAGAUGAUAUAAAAACCAUGACAGAUUCGGAUAGUGACGGUAUUCCGGAUUUAGUGGACUCCUCGGAUGAGGAACCCAUACCUAGCGCACCAGAAAAAACCUUCAAUGACUAUGCUGACAUUUGGCUGAAGAAGAGCGGCAAGUUUCUUGAGAAACAGGAGAAUAAUGUGCGAAUAUUUGCCAUGGGACCCUUCCUAUUUGCAGUUAAUAACAUCGUACCUGCAGGGUGGAUGGAGCUUGUGAGGAACUCAGGACUUAUUAAGUACAAAAAAAGAGAGAUGGAACUGUCCAGCCUUGACUGGGAGGAAUGGGCUAUAGCAGACUUAGUCGAAGCCAUUACAUCAUUUAUGAUCAGGAAAUUGAGGAGGAAGACUUUGCUGAUUCAGGUUCUAGAGUGUAUAAGUGAGAUUGAUAAUCAGAAGUCCGCAGCUCUCACCUACAAUAUCUGUCAUCACAGUGUGGAAAAGUACGACCUCAUCCUCAAACUGUGGGACCGAGCCUUGAAAGUACCACCUAGUAAAAUGAGGGAGAAGGAAGCUAAAUGUGCCGUUCUUUACAUCGCCAAGCUUUAUGAAAUGGUGGUUAUGUCGUUGGCUAAAGAAGCUAAAGAUUUUACCGAAGAAAUAAGAAGAAGUGUCCGGUCAAAGGAUGGCACUGAUCCUAUGAAAUUUAAGGAUGCUGGUAAUGAACAAUACCAGCAUGGAAAGUUUUCAACGGCUAUCGACUACUACACGAAGGCCGCGAAGGCAGAUCCUUUUAACCACAUCUUCUUUGGGAACAGAGCUCAGACUUACAAUCGACUAAAGAAGUUCAGGGAGGCCUUGGCUGAUGGAAGAAGAGCUGUUAUUCUGAAACCAGAUUGGCCGAAGGGUCACUACAGAUAUGCUCAAGCCUUUAAUGAGUUGGGCAGACUGGACCAGGCUAUACAGGCUAACAAGAAGGGUCUAGAGAUCUGUAAAAAUAACAAACUGGCCACUGACAGUAAUAUCCGUGACCUAGAGCACCAGGGAAAGGACUUCAGAAUGGCGAAGGAAUCGAAAGAAACGGACGAAAAGAUCAGAAAAGUUAUAGAGGAAACUACGUUUGAUGAUGACGACGUGGCAAAUUUACCCCCUCAUAUAAGGAACCUUCCCGGAGAGAAGCGCGUCAUCAACUUGUCAAGGGCAUUCAAAGCCAUGGGUGAGUUUGAUAAGCAGCCAGUAGACUCUGUUCCAGAGGACACAUCUUCUGAUGAGGACCCCCCAGAACUGGUCGACGACGACGAUGAUGAUGAGGACGAUGUUGAAGAGGUUGUUAAAAAGAACCAGAAUGGGAAAUAUAUCAAGGUGGAUACUCAACUGGUGCCUCCUCCGGUUCUUGUACCAGAGGUCAAACAGAACGGACAUGCGUCACCAAAGGUUCAUCAGAAAACCAACGGUAAGAAGAAGCCCGAGGUUCCAGUCAAAGCCUCAGAGAUUGGCGAAAUGAAGAAGCUUCUUGCCGAUGGAAAUGAUGCUUAUUCCAACGGUGUUCUAAAAAAUGCAGUCACCAUGUAUGACAAGGCUUUAGAUCUUGUAGGCCAGUACAAACCCAAGCAUUUUGACAUGGACCUCCAUGAUGUGGUCGCCCUCAAGUAUGCCUGUGGGGAAUCAGCUGUGUCUACCGGCACAUACAAGUUUAUUAUGGAGGGUAUGGAGAAGUUUGAAGACAUUCUUGCUAACCAUCCGGAGACAAAGUUCCCUCUUGCCCAUUAUGGUAGAGCUAAAGCAUUUGUUGCUCUAAACAGAUUUUCUGAGGCGAAGGUACCAUUAGCGGAUGCAUGGAAGAUUACCAAUAACACCAAACUCACCCCUGUCAUGUGGCCAGGCACCAAAAACAAGAUUGAGGAGAACACACACAAUGUUCUUAAGAAACGCAUUGAGCAGUUGAAAUUACGAUGUAAAUACCCUCCACCAGCUGAUGCACGUUGUCGUUACCAUAGUGAUGAUGAAGACAAGAGGACGGUUAUCUACUUAAUGGAUCCAGACUUCAAGGGCUUUGUGAGGAUUCGCUGUGGUUCCCAGUGUAUCAUAGAGUUCCACACUCAGUGCUGGAAGGUGUACAAGUGUAAAUUUGGAGACAUGGAUCGGGUUGCAGACAAGGAGAUGCUGGAUAAGAAUUGUCCCACACCAGAAUGUCAUGCUGUCAUUAUUAAGAUUAUUAUAUUCAAACAAGACAAAACCACAAAGGAGAUUGAUUCCGACAAGAGUUACAAACCACCAGUAAAGCCUAGGAUUCCUCCCAAAAAGCUGCCAGCUUGCAGUGAAUACAAACUUAACCGAAAGAUGGAGAGAAAAGAAUUGAGGAAGAAAAGGAAGCGAGAACUAAAAGAGGAGACGGACGAUUUAGUGGAGGAUAUUGAUGCUAUGUUAGGGGAUAAUAAAACAGAGGAGAAAACUGAGGUCAAACCAGCCCCAACUAAAACAGUUGUGGGAGAUACUACAGAAAAAGAGGAGAGUAAAGUAGAAGGUGCUGAGGUCGGGGAGGAAAAACCAAAACCAACAGCUGUACUCCGCCGGGAUGAUGAUGACGACGACCUGGAUAAAUACAAGAUUGCAAAGAAACAAAAGCCUAAAAAGAAGAAGGAACGAGAAAGGACAAAGCCAGUGUUACUGUCCCUGGAGGUGAACUUCUCUGACGACCAUGAGAAACAGCUGUAUGGGGAGCAUAAUGCUGAUGAAGAGGAGGAACAACAACAGCAAUAUCGGAGAGGCGGACGUGAACCCUUCUCCGUACCUAACAACCUUGAACACUCAGUGAAUGUCUUUGAACGGUCCUAUCACAAACAUGAGAUUCCUUUUGAUGACAUCACAGAAAACCUUUUUGUGUUCUUCGAAGAUUUGUUACGGGCUCAUGGACCUCUUCAUGUUGAGGAUACUAAAAUAACCUCUAUGUUUGAAGAUUUCCCACCGGAGGCAAAGGAUCGUGUGACAAAGGUUGGCGGACUAAGUCAGUUCUUACAACAGUCAAAGAAAUUUGCAAUGAUUGACAGCAUUGUGUGUUUGUUGGUCGACGCUGGUAAAGCACGUUCAAUUUCUUUGGCUCGGGACAAAUCUAAGAAUGCCAUUUUUGGUGGAAAGAGUGAUACUUUAAAUCCAAAUGCUAUGGAAUUUGAACCUAAACAAAGACCGAAUGCAUGGAAUGUCAAAAGGGGGGAUAACUCUGACAAUAAAAAUGUAGGCAGUAAAAGUGAAAAUGAAUCGAAAACAAUAGAGACUGCUAGUACACGUUUGUUUCCAGAGAAAGCUACUUAUAAGAAAGGUGGAGGUAUAGAUUGCUUGGACGAUUUUAGUUUAAAUAGUCCUGUGAAGUAUGCAAAGCCUGAAUCAAGGAUGCAUGACCUGGAUAGUCUGGAUUCUAUCGACGAUAUUGAUAUUUUUAAGCGACCUAAAGGAAACAACUCUAUGGAUGCAUGUGAAGACAUUCGUUGGACAUCGGAAAAUGAUACCGAGAGUGUGAAAAGCAGUAUAUCUGACAGGGAAAGCAUAAGUAGUCGCGGGGACUUGUUUGAGGGGCGGGGGUUAGACGACCGACAGGACCUUCCUGGUAAGAUCCUCAGUGUGGAUAGUAAGAUAGACUUAAUGAGCCGAAGCAGCUCUAGGUCCGAUGUUAGUGAUCGCAAUAGUGAUAUAUCUGAUCUAAUGACUAAAUCUUAUAAAAGUGAUCAACGUUUCAGUUCCAUUGAUAAAUCAGACGUUUCAGAAAUGAUGGCCAACACAUAUAGUGGGCCUGGUGAUGGUUCGUCACCAAGGAUGUCGCCCGGCCCCACAUCCUGGCCAGCGCCAGGUUCUCCUGCUGUCAGACAGGGCUUUGGUCCCAUUGGGUCGCCAGUCCCAUCUGCUACAGAUAGCUCACCUAGUUCUGUUGUUGUGAACAGACCCGCCCCUCUAGGCUCGCCUCUAGUUAAUGUGUCUCGACGCACGGAGGUCUCACCUUCCGUAUCGCCAGUUGUGAUUCGCCCUCCUCCGAUUGGACUAAAUUUCGGCCACACACUAAAGGAGGAAGUUACUAUGGCUACACAAAAGGAAUGCCAGCGCAUGGACAAUAAAUUUGUGAAGGAGCUGGCCAACGAUACAGUGGAGGAGAUGUUGAUGAACGGCAUGAUCCGUGAAUCAGAUCGGACCAAGACUCUAGAACAAGUCAGCCAAGAUAUUUGGCAGGAUAUGAGUUCACAGAAAAACAUGGGUCCACCUCCAACAAAAACCAAGAAAAGUAUGGUAGAUCAGUAUAUGAAAAACCAUUAUGAGAAAAAGAAGGGUUAUUCGAUGAAUGUGACAGGGUUCCCAUCUGUGACGACCAGCAGUAUUUGGUCGACAGGUGAUGAUUCUAUCAAGAAUUCCAACCUUUCCUAUUCCUCAUUUCCCCCACCACCUAUUGCCAUGCCACCAUCUUUGUCUGCAUACUCUCCCUACACCACUAUGAACUUCAGUAUGGGACAGACAAGUUCCACAUCCCCCGGUAUGUUUACACAGCCCUCACCAUUGUCCCACAACUACCCUGGCACCAAGCCUCCUCUUCAACCUUUUACAACUCACACCGUCACGGCCACAAUGGCUGUUCAAGUUUCCGUGGAAACCAGGACGGCUAGUACCCUGACUGACCCUUAUGAGCCCUACAAGGAGGACAUGUUGCGAGCUGUUAGGGAGAGAGACCACCUACAAGAGGGAGCUACUUAUUGCUACAAAAAAAUUACAGGACCUAACAAUAUUGCUUCAAAAACGAAAUCAGGAUUACCAGAACAUGGAAAUAGACUUGAACAACAGGAGUGAGAUAUUUGAGAAGAAUCAGAAGGUCUUUGAGGAGAAGUAUACAGCCAUGAUUGGGGAGCUGAGUCGUCUCCAACAGCAGUUGUCUCACAGUCACGAGGAAAUUAACAGGUACCAGGGCAAAAUGCAGGAAGCUGAAAAGAAGAUGACUUUAUAUGAUAAAGCUCUUAAAGAGGACAAAGACCAAAUUAUGAAGAUUACAGCAGAGAAGGAUGAAGCCAUAGCAAUAUCUAAGACAUCUAAGAAGUCACAUGACCAGGAUAUUGCACGAGCCACCAGUGCCGAG